CCGAACACCGAGAUAAGGCCGCCGUGCCAAGCACCAAUCAGCAUGCGUCUUGCUUCCCUAUCUCUCCGCCCGUCGCGGUUUUUUCCUUGCUCAACCUUUUCCUCCCGCUGCUUAGUCACCCGCUAGUUAGCUCCGAAGCUCAACACGAAAACUCUCGCUUUUCUCACACUUUCUUCCUUCUCAACAUCUUCCAACGGCAGCAACCUCAGCGUCUGAUACUUAUAUAUCAAUCCCGCCGCCUGCAGACUCAGCAAACCACAGACAGCUACCGCCGCUACAGCACCAGCAGCUCCGUCGUCGACUUCAACCAACACAGCCAAUUCAAGAUGCAGGCCACCACCGUCCUCCGCCAAGCUGCUGCAGCUCGCCAGCCUCUGAUCAAGUUCAUGGGCAAGCGCACCGUCCCAGCCUCCAUUGACCACUCUCCUCAACCCCAUCCCGCCUCGCCAACUCACCAGCUCCCCGACUCCUUCGUCACCUACCGUGCCAAAGCCCAGCAGCAUGGUCCUCUCAACACCACAUACCGCCCCUUCUCCAGCAUCGGAGCCUCCUCGGGCGCUGCCCUGGGCCCUGUCGCCCCCAAGAAGGGCGAGUACUUCGACCGCAACGACCUCCCCGCCAGAUUCAGACGUGCUCCCUGGUCUCAGGCUGAGAUCGAUGCCAUUGAGACCGGCGGGGCAAGCAUGUUCGCUUGAAUGGUUCCCCGAUCUUGGCUAAUGGCACAUUCAUUUUCCUUUACUGUAGCCUUUUUACCCUCUUCCAAGACAAGAAUGGGUUGGACGGAAUGAUGGAGCUUACGAUGCAAUACACUGCCACGACAUAUACCCACCUAUCUGAGCUGGUUUCGACAAGGGGAUAUAUAAAACACACUAAACCCCAUACAACACACGACGCCUGUAUACGUCCGACUGAUCGAGUAAGGAGAUGCGCUCUUUUCCACUCUCUCGGAUCAUUAUAUACUGCCCUUCACAAAACAAGAAUUAUGGCACAACUGCACGAGAACGAAACAACAGAGCAGCAGCUGCACGGAACAGCUCAGCAUAGCAUUACAGCAUGGCAAUGAAGCGAACGGAACACCACACGGAGCAACACAGUCUUCCCGUUUCUACUCCUCUCUUCUCAUUUCCUUUUUUUUCCCUCUUUCUUUUUACUUUAACCUGAAGCUUGGGUAUUCUCAGCUUAUCGGCGCUGGACGGAGUUCAUCACUUUUGUUUCUCGUUUCUUUUUCUUCACCUCCUUUUACAGAGUUCGUUAUCUCUGGUGUUGGGAACUGUCUACUUGCUUUUUCCAUGGUUUGGUUUAUGGAGGGGCCUUUGGUUGGGCCUGGUUGGCCGGCUGGAUUUUUGAGCGACAGCGGGCGGGCUGCUGGCUGGU